GGGAAUCGCCGGUGACAUUGAGGUCGAGGUUAAUUUUGGUAUAGACGCCCAUCGUAUCUAUGACAGUCAAGGAAGCGCUUGACUUCAUACAUGAUCACUAGCUAGAGACUUGAUUCUACUAUUUCAUCUGUCCUCUUGGGAUCCGCUUCGCCCUUUCUUGCAAGAUGCCCAAGCUCAACUUCGAUGCCGAUGAAGCAACGCUUUUGAAAGCGUACAAGAUUUCUUCAUUGAAUCCCAUGCAGUGGGAGGAUAUUGAUCAUGACUUUGAAGACUCUGUGGCCGGCGCGCUGUCAUCUAGUAAUAAUGAAACGGAAGGUGACCCGUUAGGCAUUGGUUCAGAUGUCAACUUGAAAGAAAUGGACAUGGAGUCAAAGGCUUCUGUCUUAAUUACGUCCAAGUCCUUUGAUCCAAAAGCCUUUCUAUCCCUUGUACACCCAAACGCGACAUAUCAGGACCUUGCAUCCGGUAUAGCCCAUCUCCAAUCCUCUAUAGAUGCUCGUUCGGAGGCCAUUCGCAUCCUGGUUGAAGAUAAUUUGGAUCGGUUUGUGGCCGUGAAGGCGAGUACGGAUGCCCUUUAUGCUGAAAUGAAGGAAGGCCUACUGGAGUCUUCGACAGAAUACGCAUCGAAACCGUUACGGGACGAGCUGAAGCAGGCCGCAGUGAAGGCCAACCAAGUCUUUCUUCCGGUUCUUGAAAAUGCCUCCAAAGCGGACAAGCUCCGCACAACGCUUGGCGUUUUCGAAAGAAGCAAAUUCUUCUUCAACCUACCCAGUUUCAUCAUCGAGUCGAUAGAGGCUGGUCGGUACGAAGUUGCGAUGCGUGAUUACAAAAAAGGCAAGCUUCUCCUUGACACUCGUCCGGGUCAGCUUCUUCCUAUCAGCGCAUCGAAAGAUAAAGACAAAGACGACAAAGGAGGCGGAGCAUCGGCUGGUCCUACAUCAGCAGAACAACAGCAGCAAAAGCGCAUAUUAGACAAGGUGUGGGCGAACGUUGAGAAAGCCAUGGGCGAAAUGCGGAAUGUGCUCCUUGGACAGUUGAGAGACCCUGGAAGGAGUGUAGAAGAACAGGAGAAAACCCUUGAGCUACUGAUUGAACUGCCAUUAACGGAAGAUCCUGCAUGGACAUACUUCGAUAGUCAGCACAAGCACAUUCUAGAGCAGAUGAACAAAACAUUCAGAAUAUCUACCGCUGCUGUGACUGCCGCGCUUGAGAAGAGCGCUCUCGACAAUGCUGGCGAUUCAUUGACAGACUCUUUAGUCACUCAGUUGCGGCAAAGCAUUUCCGCGUUAGAAGCCAAACAGCCAGACGCAGUCAUCGCGAAGUCCGCCGGCGAACCUGUUUGGCAAGCUAUCCUGGACCUUGUGAAGAAUGUAGGCGAGGCGAUGAUGGGGAGCUUGCCUAACUUUUGGAAGAUAUCGAAUGGAUUCAUAGAUGGGAAGUUUAAGAAAGCAUCGACCUCAUCAUCAUCAACUAGUCGCCGCAGUCCCUCCCAAUGCCGCACUAUGGCUUUAGAUAUCGUCAAGCUGUACAUCUCCUUCCUAUCCCAAUUUUUCAAUCUUUCCGAUAUGGCCGUAACGUCUUCUCCGGGUAUUCCCUCCAGUAAUGACGCCACUUCAACAUUGUUACCCUCAAACUCAAACUCGCUUUCGACCGCGCAUUAUCUUCUGAAAAUAUUUGGCGAAAUUCAGGAUUGCGUGAACGAACUCAAUGCGAUGGAGAUUUCUGGUGAUGUCUCCGCAAGCCUUAAGGGGCUGUUGGAUAGUACGAAGUGGAGGUUUGAAGAUGUGUUAAUUGCUGCUUGGCUGAGAGACGCCAGCGACUUCCAUCAUCUUGAAGCAUGGGUUUCUAGUCCCUCUGAUCCAUCUGCAACACACUAUCUCACUCAGAUGGAGCUCUACCAACGGCAUAUCACCACUGCAGCUUACCGAAUCGCUGGCGGUGUCGAUUCCUCAUCUCUUAUCAGCAAGGGAAACAAACAGAAUCCUAUUCCCGCAGCGUUCGUGUCGAAGAUUAUCAAGGCGUUCAUGGACGUACUGUAUACUUUCUUAGAGGGUCUUGUGAAGCUCGUGGAAGAUGAAAGAGAAGGGGGAGCAAAUGUUAAUGGAGUAGAUCCAGUUGCAACUGCGUCGACGUCAAAUGCGACGAAUGCAUUGGAGCUCCUGGAUCUAAGCAAUAAGGACAGUCGUUUGUUGCUGGUGCUUUCGAAUCUCAACCAUAUGUCCAAGUCGAUUUUCCCCAGUAUGAUCACACAGUUGGAAAAUGCGUUCGGAGUUACAAUCACAGAUGAGAGACAGACUUUAAUGACAGUCAUUGCGGAUCUGGAUACAACCAUGUUCCAAGGGUAUUCAAAGCCUCGCGCAGCUGUGGUCACUAGUCUUGUACGUGGAGGGAUUCUCGAUGAGAGCAUGGAUUGGUAUGAGACUCUUCAACCGAAAGAAAUACGCCCGUACAUGUACGAAACUCUAAUGUACCUCGUGGGGGUCCAUGCGCAAAUCACGAGUGUGGCGGAAGUCGUGCUGGAACGGACACUGAAUUACCUAGCGGAAGCGUUAGCAGAAGAGGCAUUGAAAUGUUUUAAACAGGUGAAGAGGUUCGGGAUGGGUGGAAUGUUGAGGGCGACUCUCGAAAUCGAAUUCAUGCACCAAACAUUGGGCAAAUAUGUCACACCUACAGCCGCGAAAACACUAUCGGAUCUAUACAAUAAAAUUUCUCAGGCGUAUGCGCGUCGGCCGGGGGAUGAGAAUCUGCAGAAUCAUUUGGAUGGGGUGAAAAAGACUCUUGCAGAUACGAGACGAGCAACGGGAAUUGAGUUCCUAUGCUUUAGGCAGACGAAGACUGCGAGCGCAAAGACAACAGGGGGAGGAGGAAAAUCGAGAGACAGGGAAGCCAAGGACAGAGACAACGCUGGACUUCGAAGUGCUGGAGGAAAAGUGCCAUAAUGUUGUUUAGCGUCGUACGCAAUGAGACGCAACGCCGCUUCCCAUCAGUUACAACAAGUUCUACGUCCAUACAGGAUCUAUACACUCAUGGUUUACCGAUUGAGA